AUGACGGCGCACACCCACCAAAUCCGCGGCCAGCUGGCGGCGGAGGGCUGCCCAGUGCUCGGGGACUUGAUGUACGAGGCGGUCGCGCAGGACCUGCAGCGGGAAAAGGAGGGCCAGCAGCAGCAGCCGCAGGAGCAGCCGCAGGAGCAGCCGCAGCAGCAGCCGCAGCCGCAGAAGCAGCAGCAGCCGCAGCCGCAGAAGCAGCAGCAGCCGCAGCAGCAGCAGCAGCAGCAGCAGCAGCAGGCGGAGGAGGAAUCGGAAGAAGACAGCGAGGGCGAGGUGGAGUUGUUUGAGAACAGCGAGGGCGACGAAGAGGAGGGCGAGGUGGAGCUGCUCUCGGCGCUGGAGGAUGGGUACGGCGAGGAGCGCAGGAGGGAUGACCGUGACCGCGGCAGGUGGGUUACCAAGCUGUGCUGA